UAUGACUUCCCCAAGGCCACAUAGCAGUAGGAGCUUAAGUACCCUUGACUUCAAGGGCAAAGCUCUGGCUGCCUCCUCACCUGGCAGCCUUGUCUGUGUAAAGCCCUGCUUCCCUAUGGGGAUGAUUCAUUCCAUUCAGAAGCUAUAUUGGUAUUAAAAGGAAAUCAAAUAAUUGAAGCAACUAUUGAAAUAAUGGAAGCAAACACAAAUAGUGCUUGAAUUCGCUAUCCAGAUAUUUCAGAAAAAUGAUUUUUUAAAAUUGUGUCCAUUUUCUGCUUCAUUUUGUAUCAAUAAAUGACAUACUAAGUGUCCAUCAACAAGUUUUCAUAAAGUAUUUUAAAAAUAACCAUGUACAAAUAUUUUCAUUGAAAUGCUACAAUAUAUAUAUAUAUAUAUAUAUAUAUAUAUAUUUAAAGUAGGAUUCCAGGGACCCAGCAAACAGACCCUUUAAGGAUUAAAAGCUAAAAAGCCCCUCCAGAGACCUCUAGAGAGCCCUGGAGUAGGUUAUAAGGGCAUGGCAGGUUAUAGUGCAUAUAGAACCAGGUCAGAGGUGGAGAACCUUCAGCCUUAAGGCCACAUGUGGCCUUCUAAAUCCUUAAGGCCUUUUGACUAAAUCCAAAUUGCAGGUUUCCUACCCUGAGCUAGAUUAAAAAAAGUUUGGUUUAGUUACCAGAAUUUGUACCUGCUAAUCAUCUGAUGGUUAUCUGAUAAAUGCCUGUCAGAAAGAGAAAAUGUUGUGAUUUCUUUUAUUAUGAAAGAGCCCCAUUGUGUGCGUGUGUCUGCAUCUUUUAGAAAAUGUCCAAGAAGUUCAAAACUGCAAGACAAAUUGCAGGACUUGAUAGUCACGUGUGGGUUGAAUUUUCUAAUCUAUCUGCAGACUCCGUGGUUGUGAAUCUUACCCAAGGCCAACCAGAUAUAUCCCCUCCCAUGUAUGUUAAAGAAGAAUUAGCAAAGGUAGCAGCAACCGAUAAAAUGAAUCAGUAUAUACAGGGUUUUGGUCAUCCAGCACUGGUGGAAGCUUUAUCUUCUCUGUGUGAAAAGAUUUAUAACAGACUGGUUGACCCAAAUCAUGAAACAACAGUGACAGUGGGAAGAUAUGGAUCUCUUUUUAAUGCCAUACAAGGAUUAGUUAAUGAAGAAGAGGAAGUGAUCGUCAUUGAGCCUUACUUUGAUUGCCACAAUCCCACGAUAAAGAUGGCAGGAGCAAUUCCUGUCAUUAUCCCCUUACGCCAUGUGAGUAUGCUGACAAGGAGAGCAGCAGAAUACUUCAUGUGGUCUUUCCACAGUGCUACUUUGCCGGGUAUGUGGGAAAGAGCAAUAACAAUAGGCAGUGCUAGAAAAACAUUCAGUGUGACUGGCUGAAAGCUUGGUUAGUCUAUCGGUCCUAAGAAUCUCAUCAGACAAAUGAAGAUUGCACAAGAUGUCAUUUAUACUUGUGCAGCUCCUUUAUAGGAGGCUUUGGCUUGAGCUUUUUGGUUUGACAUUAAACACGUGGGACCAGAAUGCUACUUUUGUUCUCUGCCCUGGGAACUAAAAGCAAAAUGGGAUCGGAUGGUCCAAUUACUCCAAAGCAUUGGACUGACACCCAUAUGCCCCGAAGAGGGAUACCUCAUCAUUGCUGAUGUUUCAGUGCUAAAUAUAGACCUCUCUGAAAUGACGGAAAAUGAAUAUUAUGACUAUAAAUUUGUGAAGUGGAUGAUUAAAAAUAAGAAAUUAUCAGCCAUUCCUAUUACAGCAUUCUGUAGUGCCAACAAAAAAGAUUUUGAGAAACAUGUACAGUUUCACUUCAUUAAACAAAACAGUACCCCGGAUGCUUUUGAGAAGAUCAUUAAGGCCUGGAUGAAGGAAUCCUAAUUUUUGCCAACAUACCUUUGUGUGACUUUUGUAAUUUAACAAAAUGAAGUUGCUGCCACCUACUGGAUAUUGGAAAAGAAAUCUUUUAGUACAAAUAACAUGAUUUAUUGAAUGUCACAGGACACUGUCAUAUAAUGUGGAGACUUUAAAGGAAAAUUAGUAGAAACAUGCAAAAAAAAAGUUGACUGUUGGCUGCAAGAAGGACAUAGAAAGAAGUGAAAAUAGCUGCAUUUCAGAAUUCCAGACAAAUCCUGGAACAGAACUAACAAACGGAGCUUGAUAAGUUAUUCCCACACUUCUUCAUACUCUGUGUUUACUUUAUAUUACUGCACACUUCUUCCCCAAAGUGUCCUAUUUAACAUAUUUUGGACACUUCAUAAUAAAGCUACGAGAAUUAUGUGUGCUAUUCAUGCUUCAUGGCUCACACUAUUUGUAGUUCACAUAAUCAGCAAAUCUUUGUACUGUGCCAUCCUUAUUCUUGGUUUUCUCCCUUGCCACCUUAUUUGUGAAAUUGUCCAAUAUGGAAGAAGAAAAUGAAGUAUUUCCAUUUCUCUUUGGGAAAGGGAACUAACACCACAUGCUAACAAAACAGAGUCAUUUUCCUUUCAUAGAGAGUCACUUUGUAGACUUGGUUGUUUAAUGAGGCUCAUUCCCAUGCUCACAUUGGCCAACACAAAUUUAAUACCUGAAACAGGACUCUAUACAUAGCAGGCACUUAAUUCUUGGUAAAUUAAUUCAAAGAAACUUCAAGUUCAACCUUAGUCUUAAUUUUUAACUUCUUUCUAAAAAUCAUAUGAAGCUAUCUUCACAGCCUUCUCUCAGAGCAAAUGAAUCUGCAGAAUUUUACAAGAUGCACAAAUCAAAAAAUGCAAGAUGUAUUCUGAAGUUCACUGUUAACAAAAUCUUGAAAUUUCAUUUGUACACUUUUGAGGGGGAAAGCUCAAAUAAUAUUGGCCUUUAAUCCUUGCUAGGUUUUGAAGGAUAUGGCUUUGGGAAGGUAGGUAGGAAAGAAGAGCUUUUCGGGGUAUGGACCCGAUAGCUUGUUUAGCUGACCUUACUAGAAUAUGGUAUAAAGGAAGCACAGGGGGUUUUGAAUUCUCUAAUGUGGGUUCGAGUCCUGCUGUUCUAGAAAUAAGGGGAUUUAAACCUCUAUUAUUUAUCCUAUCAAGAUAAUUCUUUUGUCAGACAUAUUUCUUAGAUUUGUGGGGGAACGCAUGAUAGGGCGAUUGGGAUGGAGAUAUAUCAUAGGCAGAAGGCUAUUUUUAAGUAAAUUCUAUAACAAUUCAGGUUUAUUCUCUGAGGAGAAAGAAUUAAUUACAAGAAUUUGUGUGUUCAAAAAGGAUGGCAACUUAUUUCUACUUAACUGACCAUAAUAGGAAAUAAAAUACUAAACAAAGAUUAUACUUUGACUUCUUAGCUAUGAAAUUUUGCCAUCAAACUUAAGUUAGAUAUCAUAGAAAAUUGCACCAUAGCUGGUGUGGAAGACACAGCAGCAGCUGUAUAGUAUGAUGAGGUUAAUAUUGAUUGGAAAUGCCAAUUAUUUCUACAAUUUAUUCUAAGCGAUCCCAAGAUUGCUGUUUGUCAGCAGGUGAACUUCCUGUCUAUUGGGAUGAUUGGGUAAUUAGAUGUAUCCUCUCUCAGCAGCAAUGAAAUGAAGCCCUGAUGCCUUAGUGAGUUGUUUUUGUCUCCCUCCUGAAUUAUCUAAGGCUAAAGGGAACUUUCACUUGAUCAGAUAAUUCCUGAUUUUAUAUAUUCUGGUAAUUCUGGAAGUAGCUAAUUAUUUUAAUCAGAAGUUUGAUGGCAGGGGUAGGAGGGAAUCAGAGAAUGUCUCUCAGCAGAAAAAGGAUCAUUAGCUGUGUUUUAUCCUCCCAUAGUCUUAGUGCUUCAGAACUGACCAUUUGAACUUUUUAGUAUGAGUGUAUAGGCAAUGACUUUCUAUCAGUAACAAAAAUUAGCUUAAAGAGAGUUCAAACGUGUGAGAGGUGAUCUCUCAGAAGUGAAGCCUCCUCAAAGGGUCAUCAGUUCUUGUUAAUGGUUCUGAUCUUGUUGCUUUUGAGGGGCACAUGUGUACCAACACUAUGUGAAGACCCCUCAGAAUGCAAGACCCCCUCCCCUAGCCUUCUCCCUC